UCCAGAGGAGUCAUCCAAGACAUGGGAUCCAGAGGGAUCAUCCAGAGGUGGGAUCCAGAGAAGUCAUCCCCAAGGGGGGAUCCAGAAGGGGGAUCCAGAGGGGUCAUCAAGAGGUGGGAUCCAGAGGGGGAUCCAGAGGAGUCAUCCAGAGGUAGGAUUCAGAGAGGUCAUCCAGAGGUGGGACCCAGAGGGAUCAUCCAGAGGUGGGACCCAGAGGAGUCAUCCAAGAGAUGGGAUCCAGAUGGGUCAUCCAGAGGGGGGAUCCAGAGGGGAGAUCUAGAGGGGGGAUCCAGAGGAGUCAAACAAGAGGUGGGAUUCAGAAGGGUCAUCCAGAGGGGGAUCCAGAGGAGUCAUCCAGAGGUGGGAUUCAGAGAGGUCAUCCAGAGGUGGGACCCAGAGGGAUCAUCCAGAGGUGGGACCCAGAGGAGUCAUCCAGAGGUGGGAUCCAGAGUAGUCAUCCAAGAGGUGGGAUCCAGAGGGGAGAUCUAGAGGGGGGAUCCAGAGGAGUCAUCCAAGAGGUGGGAUUCAGAAGGGUCAUCCAGAGGUGGGAUCCAGAGGGGUCAUCCAGAGGUGGGACCCAGAGGUGGGAUCCAGAAGGGUCAUCCAGAGGGAGGAUCCAAAAGAGUCAACCAAGAGGUGGGAUCCAGAGGGGAGAUCUAGAGGGGGGAUCCAGAGGGGUCAUCCCAAGGUGGGAUCCCGAGGAGUCAUCCAGAGGUGGGAUUCAGAGAGGUCAUCCAGAGGUGGGACCCAGAGGGAUCAUCCAGAGGUGGGACCCAGAGGAGUCAUCCAAGAGAUGGGAUCCAGAGGGGUCAUCCAGAGGGGGGAUCCAGAGGAGUCAUCCAAGAGGUGGGAUCCAGAGGGGGGAUCCAAGGGGGUGGAUCCAGAGGAGUCAUGCAAGAGGUGAGUUCCAGAGGGGUCAUCCAGAGGUGGGAUCCAGAGGGGUCAACCAAGAGGUGGGAUCCAGAGGGGUCAUCCAGAGGGGGGAUCCAGAAGGGGGGAUUCAGAGGAGUCAUCCAAGAAGUGGGAUCCAGAGUGGGGAUCCAGAGGAGUCAUACAAGAGAGGGGAUCCAGAGGCAUGGGAUCCAGAGGGUUCACCCAGAGGUGGGAUCCAGAGUGGUCAUCCAAGAGGUAGAAUCCUGAGGGAGCAUCCAAAGGGAUCAUCCAAGAGGGGGGAUCCAGAGUGGUCAUCCAAGAGAUAGAAUCCUGAGGGAGCAUCCAAAGGGAUCAUCCAAGAGGGGGGAUCCAGAGGUGAGAUCCUGAGGAGUGAAAUCCAGAGGGGCCAGAGGUAAGAUCCAGAGGGGUCCAUGCAGCCUCUCAGGGUUCCUUGACUGGUCUCCUUGAAGAGGGGACCCUCAUCCUCACUAAGUCUGGUCUUGCCUACUUUGGUCUAAGACCAGGAUGAUGGCGGUUGCCUCUGGAUGACCACUGAUUUCUUGUGGUCCCCUCUGGAUGACCUCUGACUUCUCAUAGUAGCCCCCGACGACCGCCGACUUCUUGUGGUAGCCUGUCAGCAGACGCGACUGACUGGUUGGUUUGACCUCCCGCUGAUAAUGGCCACCAUGAGCCAAAGCCAACCUCCUGAACCUCCACUGACCUCAGACUAGAGUCCCCACUUUCCAUGAGUGAGCCCCCCUUCUUGGGACUCUGAACUCUGACCCCCUUCCCAUCUCUCUUCUCUCGC